AUGGGCAAAAAAUCAGUUAGUGAGUACAAACGUGCUCAAGCAGUUGCUCUGUUUGAUGCUGGAUUUACAAUUUCUGAUGCUGCUCGACAACUUAAUAUUUCCUGGACUUGCAUCAAAAAUGCUGUUAAACGUUAUCGUAAGCAUGGCACGUUCAAAGACCUUUCACGAAAGGGUCGUCCAUCAAGACUUACGCCAAGAACUGUUCGUCAUCUCAAACGUUUAACAACUGGAACAAAUCGAGCAAAUGCCAAUGUUAUUACACAAAAAUUAAAUGACUCAUUGACUCAAUGUGUUUCUUCUAGAACUGUUCGACGUUAUCUUCACAAAAUGGGAUAUAUUUUUACAAAAAAAAUUAGUAAACCAUAUUUGAAAAAGAUUCAUAAAAGCAAAGAGGAUUGCUUGAUUGACGAAUCAACAUAUUACGUUUUCAAACGUAAAAAUAAGAUGAUGGUUUGGCGUGCUAAAUCUGAAAAACUUGCUCCGGAUUGCAUUCACCAAUUGACCACAGGAGAUGGAGCAAAAGUAGGUAUAUGGGGAGCUAUGUGUGGAUAUGGCAAAACAUCAGCAUUCGUUUAUUCCGAUAAUAUAGAUUCAACAAAAUAUUGUGAAAUUUUAAAGAAUUACUUAAUUCCAUCAAUUAAACGAUUACCAAAAGGAAAGAAAUAUACAUAUCAAUGUGAUUUAGCCCCUUGGCAUACGAGCAAUAUGAUUAAAGACCAAGUUAAAAAACUGAAACUUAAUAUGUUCGAAUGGCCUCCUAAUAGCCCAGAUAUGAAUGUUGUUGACGAAUUGUGGAGCAUCAUUGACAAACGGUUAGCAUUAACACCAAUUAACUCCAAGGCUGAAUUAGAAAAACGUUUGAAAGAAGAAUGGAACAAAAUAUCAAUUACAUUAUAUCAAGCAUUAGUAGAUAGUAUGCCUAUACGUAUUGAAAAAUGUCUUAAAGCUAAAGGUGGUCAUUUUUUGUGA